AUGUCCCCUGCUGCAUCUGACAUGGAACCAGAUGAAGAUGUUAUUUCAGAUCAUGGAAUGGACAGCAAAUCCCCCACUACAUCUCAGGUCGAAGUCCCAAGCUGGGACAUACUGGGCAAGAUUCUCCGGAAGAGCUGUGACCUCAAACUUCGGUGGGACCUAGAGGCGCUAGGGUUCUCACGGCUCGUGCCCCUAGCUGUUGUCAGACCCCAGUACCCCUGUGAAGACUGGGGUGUCAUGUUAGAGGACCCUGACCUCAUGAGCUCAAAGGGAUCCUUUGUGGGAAAUAGCACUUCAAACAAUGGUCCCAUCCCAAUAGCUGGACGGGAAAGUUGCCACAAGGUUCUGAUUGUCAUCUCGCUGGCCUUCCUCCUGCUGCUGUUUCUCCUCAUCUUCAUCUUCCUGUGGUGUAGGUGUCAGGGGAAGCACAAGAAAGACAGGACCACCCGAAAACCCACCAUCUGGGCUGAGCCAGGUUCUGUGGUCACCUCAGAGACUCCUGUGACCAUUUGGUGUCAGGGGACCCUGGAUGCCCAAAAAUAUAUUCUUCAUAAAGAGGGAGACCCAGCACCUUGGAAAAUACAGACCCCACUGGAACCAAGGAAAAAGGCCAAGUUCUCCAUUCAGUCCAUGGCAGAGCAACAUGCAGGGCGAUAUUGUUGUUACUAUGACAGUCCUGCUGGCUGGUCUCAGGGCAGUGACACCCUGGAGCUGGUGGUAACAGCCAUCUACAACAGUAAACCCAUCAUGUCAGCCCUGCCCAGCCCUGUGGUGACCUCAGGAAUGAAUGUGACCCUCCAGUGUGUUUCACAACAUGGAUAUGACAGGUUCAUUCUGACCAACAAAGGAGAACAGCUCUACAAGACACUGGACUCACAACACUUAUCGACGGGUCAGUUCCAGGCUCUGUUCCCUGUGGAAUCUGUGACCCCCAGCAGCAGGAGAACCUUCAGCUGUUAUGGCUGUUACAAGAGAAAGCCACAGGUGUGGUCAGAACCCAGCGAUCCCCUGGAAAUACACAUCUCAGGUCAGGAAGCUUCAUCAUUCCUGGAAUCAUUUUUGAGACCCCCCCACAAAGACCUUUGUUAUGAAUCUCACUACUCUCCAGGAAUCCCAUGUAGGAGGCUGGCUGAAGGGACCUUUUAG